AAAGCUGCAUUGUAAAAUUGUUCUCCAAAGAAAAACAAAUAUCGAGUUUGAACAUAUUGUUUAACAUACUGACAACUUUCAUAAACAAAAGUGAAUAGUGUUACCGUCAGUUGUACAACUGCAAUGGCCUCCGACCCCCGAUGACCAGCGGGAACUCGUUACCUGGCAGGUAGAUCAAUAAACAGCCACGGAUUGCCUAUUUGUUAAUUUUUAAAAGGAAUUCAUACUUGGUAUUACUUCAUUGCUACGGUCGGACAACCACUGUUUAUUGUGACAAGACUUGACCCGUCCGUGAUAUUGGGAAAUCUAGCAGGUCAAUUGAAAAUCAAUGGACAUUCAGACAAAUUAGAUUGACAUUUAUAUUUAAUAUACCUUUGGAUAUUAGACACAACUGAGCUUUCUUAAUAUGGCGGUAUCCAGGAGUGUGAAGGUGGAUGUCCCAACGACCACCGAGGGCGAGGAAGAACCCAAAACGCUGAUGGAAAAAUGGCGCAAACACUACGAAGAAAAGAAAAAGACGGGCUACCAUUCCAAGAGGUCUAUGUACUUGUGUUGGGCGUUGUGGGUAUUCGAGACACCCACCCAGCUGUACAUGGCUUACUACUACAUUAUCCCCUACCUGUUGUACGACUUCACGGACUGGACGCAGUACUACGUCAAAGUCAUCUACACAAUCUGUGCCAUACAGACACUCGGAAACCUCGUGUGUACCACGGUCUACAGUUCUAAAUACCUAAAAACCCGAGACAGACCAGAGGCCCAAGGAAUCAGAGAACGCUGGGAGAAUCCUCCGGAUCAGUUCCUACCACUGAAUGGUAUUCCGAACGGACAUAUGCCGGACGAUGGCGGGCUUCCGUGGUCGUACUGUGACAAGUGUGACGUAAUGAAGCCACCACGUGCGCACCACUGCAAGAAUUGUCAGGCUUGCAUUUUAAAGAGAGACCACCACUGUUUCGUUGUGGGGAGAUGUAUAGGGCAUUAUAACCAGCGUUACUUCGUGGUGCUGACGUUCUACGCCACCAUCGUUGGAAUGGCGGGCGUUAUAUCGACGUUUUUCUAUCUUCGUAUGUCCUAUUGGUCGGGCUCAGUCUGGUCAGAUUUCGUUUUACCGGUUACUAUAUAUAGAGGACUGUUUGGCACGAUGAAGUGUCACAUCACUAUCAUGAUUACACACAUGUAUACAGCGGGAUUUAUUGGGGUGCUGGGGUUUUUCUAUUUCUCCUCCCAAAUAACUAUAGUCUCUAAAGGCGUCACUUUGUACGAGCUGGCCAAACGUGUUCCUAUCAAAAACAAAAACUCUAUGAAUGCUAAUUUUGUCACUGUAUUUGGAAACUUCUGGUUUCUGAACUUCAUCUUUCCUAUGACGGUUCUGUUUCCUCUGAAAGAUGACGGUACACGAUGGAAAGGAAUUAAAUUCGAUCAUAAUGGAAAUUACAGCAGAGAUUCUGACUGAGAGUGUUUACCUGUAAUACCAAAUCACGUGUUCAUCAAGGAUUCUCCAGGAGUGUCCCGGCUGUUCUAGAACAAGACCGUCUCCACUGACACAGGGCCACACGAUCGCUACUUACCAGAAUCUAUUUUUGUACUGUAAAAUUAAUAAAUCUUACAAAAUAAAAACUAAAAUUUUAA